AUGGCGGACAUCAACGACCCAGGAAUGGUCAACUCCAAGAUCUUCGAGGAUCUCCAGAAGAAGAUCGACGACGACGCAGAGACUCGCGAGCAGCUGCGCGCGUUUCUGCAAACCUUGGAGCGUCAAGGACGAGUCGCUCAAUCCGUCCUCUCACGCGCCCAUUCCACACCGGUCGCCCAUCUCCAACCGGUAAUCACGGCCGCGGAGGCAAGCAUCAGAGAUGAAAUCGAAACAAUCGGGCAGCUCGCCGCGGUGGCGUCGAAUUCUCCUUAUUACAAAUACAACGGCAUGUGGACGCGCGAGGUUCAGAAUGUAGUUUUCUCUAUCCUCAUGUGCGGAUGGCUUGGUGGGAUGGCGACAGCGAGCAACCCCGCGUCAGCAGGCAAACUUCUCACGAUCGAAGAAGUCGGCUCUAUUUUGAACGUCCCCGUGAACCUCAAAGACCAAGACGCCUUCCACAUCACCAUCGAAGAAUACCUGCAAUCCCUCAUCACGCUCAUCGAAGAGCUGGCGCGUCUCGCCAUCAACUCCGUUACGCUGGGCGACUACCAACGUCCGCUGGAGAUUAGCACUUUUGUGAAAGAUCUCCAUGCCGGAUUUCAGAUUCUGAAUCUGAAGAAUGAUUCACUCAGAAGGAGGAGCGAUGGGAUUAAGUAUAAUGUGAAGAAGAUUGAGGAUAUUGUGUAUGAUCUUAGUUUGAGGAAUUUGGUGCCGAAGCCAGAGGCUUCCAACUAA